AUGGUAUCCAAACGAAAACUAGAUGCUGUUGAAGGCACGAAAGCCGAAAAGAAAUCCAAGCAGUCUCCUUCUACUGUGAGCAAUGAUUCUUCCAACAAGAUUUCCUUCGAUCACAAGUACAUUGUUGCUCCAAUGGUGGGAGCCUCCGAACUUCCGUUUCGAUUGCUCUGUCGCAAGUAUGGUGCUCAAUUGGUGUACACUCCCAUGAUGAUUGCUGAGCAGUUCGCAAGCUCCAAAGAAUACCGAAAAAGCGAGUUUCAAACGUGCUCCUUUGAUCGACCAUUGGUAUGUCACUUUGCCGCCAACGACCCAAAAUCCUUUGCCAAGGCUGCCAAGAAGGCCGAACCCUACUGCGAUGCGAUUGAUUUGAACUUGGGAUGCCCCCAGCGGACUGCUUACGUUGGUCACUUUGGAUCCUAUCUAUUAGAUUCCAAGGAUCGUGAAUUGGUCAUCAGCAUUGUCCAAGCUGGAGCUGCCGCGGUCAAUAUUCCAAUUUUUGUCAAGAUCCGACUGUUGGAUACCUUUGACGAAACAGCAGAACUUUGCCGACAACUAUACGAGGCAGGUGCAUCAUUGAUUGCCAUUCAUGCUAGAUUUCGGGCUAACUUUCAGCGCAAGGGACCUGGAGCCAGAGAUGGCCCUGCCUUGUUGGACCAAGUGAAGCAACUGAAGGAAAUGUUUCCGGACAAGGUUGUCAUUACCAACGGCAACACCAUUACCUAUGAUGAUGUGGAGAAGAAUUUAGAAGAAACCAACGCGGAUGGAAUCAUGAGUGCGGAAGGAAUCUUGGACAAUCCAGCCUUGUAUUUGGGUCGAUUAGGAGAUCGAGAACAAGCAGACACUUCUGUAGAAGUAAAGGGAGGCAGUGUGUACAAUGCCUGGCCAGAAGUUGAAAAGCAAACGCUGGUGCAAAAGCUUCGCACAAUCCGAAAGUUACAAACCAAGGCUGUAGCCGGAAAGGAACUGUCCGCAAAGGAACUAAAGAAGCUUGCCAAAGCAUCCAAGGUUCAAUCCAAAAUUCAAAAGAUCAAUGACAAAAUUGUCCAAGCGACUGGUCCACUGGCGUAUUCGACCUCCAAACUGGGCGACUUGUACGCCAAAUCCGACGACAAGGUCAAUCUGGCACUGGAAUAUCUUCAAAUUGUGCAUCAAUAUCCUGCCACACUGCGAACUGUCAUUUUUCAUACCCGACGAAUACUGAAAACCGAACUGACCAGUUAUCAAUUGAUGGAGGAAUGUCUUGCGUGCAAAUCGAUGGAUCAAGUGGAAGCUUUGGUGUUGCGAAUUCAGGGGUAUCAAAAGGACCCAGCAUCCUUUCAAUACGAUGUGGAAAAGGCCAAAAAGGAAAAGGAAGCACUGGCUCGUAAAAAGGCCGAAGAAGGACGACGAAAGAAUUACGAAGCAAGAAUGAUUCGCAAGGCCAAACGAGAGGGCAAGAAGGAUUUGGAAUUUUACUUGCGCCAGGGUGCGUCCGUUCCAACACUCGAAACGGUCCAAGAACUGAAAAGUCUGACCAAGGAAGGGCAAAUGAAACUAUGGAAGGAGCGAGAACACUCGCAGCACUGUUUGGCCUUUCAUUUGACUGGUGAAUGUCCACGGGGACGAGGAUGUGCCUUUUUGCAUGUAGCAUCCAAGACGGAUACCACCUUUAAUGAAACGGAUGAAGUAGCAGGAUAA